UCCAUGCCUCUCUCAUCCUGACCCUCCUUUCUCUCUCCUCUGUCUCUCUUUCGUUUCCAGCCCGGAUCACGGAGGAGGACGAGCUUGGAGUUCUUCUUCUUCUUCUUCUUCUUCUUUUUUGUUUGUUAUUAUUUACUCCUGGUCGCAGGAGAGCCACCGGGCAUGGAGGAUGUAAAAGACUCGCCGACCGUCCACCGGUCCUCCUCCUUCAGCAUCAAGAGCCUCCUGCUGCCCUCCAAGUGCGACAGACCCGACUCCGUUGCCGCUGCCGCCGGUGUCCCCGGGACCUUCUCCCCGUCACCGGGCUCCGACUCUGAGAGGUCGCUGGACCCGCCGGAGGUGGACUCCACGGCCGCGGCUCUGGACCCGGAGAAACCGGGCAAGGAGGAGCACGGGGACGAGGAGGGGGACGGAGGAGGAGGCGGAGAGGGGGACGGUGCCAAGGCGACGCAGGAGCAGAACAGUACCGGUACCAACAGCGGGAAAAACGGGAAAUACGACAAACCUCCGUUCAGCUACAACGCGCUGAUCAUGAUGGCCAUCAGACAGAGCCCCGAGAAGAGGCUCACCCUGAACGGCAUCUACGAGUUCAUCAUGAAGAACUUCCCGUACUACCGGGAGCACAAGCAGGGCUGGCAGAACUCCAUCCGCCACAACCUCAGCCUCAAUAAGUGCUUCGUCAAGGUGCCCAGACACUACGACGACCCGGGGAAGGGCAACUACUGGAUGCUGGACCCCAGCAGCGACGACGUGUUCAUCGGGGGAACCACCGGGAAGCUCCGGCGGCGCUCCGCCACCUCCCGGGGCAAACUGGCGAUGAAGCGCGGGCUGCGCUUCGCUCCUCUCGGGUUGGGGAUUAACGAGCGGGCGAACAACCCGCUGUACUGGCAGAUCUCUCCGUUCCUCUCCCUGCACCAUCACCACCACCACCACCCGCACUACAACGGAUCCUCACCCGGCUUUUUGAACCAGGCUGCGGGCUACGGGUCGCUGCUGCCCGCGGUGGAGCAGCUGAGUAACGGGGACCUGGGGCGCUCCAUCCUCGGCGGGUCGGCCGCGGGGGCGCUGGGCCUGACGAACAGUUACGGGAUGAGCACGUCUCCGGUUGGGCUGCUCUCCGGGCAGACGGCCGGGUACUUUGUCUCAGGGACACAACACUCGGCUGCGGGACCGACGGGAGGAGGAGGAGGAGGAGGACCUCCGCCGCCGCCGCACCUCCAGCAGGGCGCUCCGGGGUUCGGCGGCCUGGCCUCCAGCAGCUCCCCGCAGUCCCUGCUCUCAGACUCCCUCAGAAACAGCUCCAUACCGGCCUUCUCCCCGGGCGUGUCCGCGGGGUUCCCCGGGAUGCUGUCCCAUCAAAAGAGGGUGACUCCAAACGCUUUCCUAAACUGAACUCCCCCCUCCUCCCCCCUCACCGUCCCCCCUCCGCGGAUGGCACCGGGACGAGGACGCGCAGGAGACGUGACGUUAAGGGCCCAGAGAGAAAGUGGUAAAUAUCAAACUGUGGUCCACGUGAGGUGGACGUGUCCCCGAGCUUCUGUCCCCGAGCU